AAGGUGCAGAGGCUCGGAAAGGAGAGCAGAGAAAGUGGCAGAGCACGGGCCAGGAGGACAGUGUGCCUCCGGGACGGGCAAGAGCUGGGAAACCAAGGGCCAUCUUGGGCAGGGGAAAGAGAAGGGUAACAAAACAAAAGGCAGGCAUCCCAAGGGUACAACGGAAGCUGAAGAGGCCCUGGGAACCAGAGACGGGAAUCAUGCCCCACAGCUCCGACAGCAGUGACUCCAGCAGCUUCAGCCAGUCUCCCCCUCCCAGCAAGCAGGACUCUUCUGAUGACAUGAGGAAAGUCCAAAGGAGGGAGAAGAAUCGCAUUGCUGCCCAGAAGAGCCGCCUGAGGCAGACCCAGAAAGCAGACACACUGCACUUGGAGAGCGAAGACUUGGAGAGGCAGAACGCUGCGCUGCGCCGGGAGAUCAAGCAGCUGACGGAGGAGAUGAAGCACUUUACCUCGAUGCUGAGCUCCCACGAACCGCUCUGCUCCAUCCUGACGUGCCCGCCGCCGCCUCCAGAAGUGCUUUACGCCACACACUCCUUCCACCAACCCCACAUCAGCUCCCCACGCUUCCAGCACUGAGUCAGCCAGUGAGAUGACAACCUGCCAGCUCCACCGACUGCAAGAAGCAACUUCAUGGGGCUCACUUUUCCAUCCAAGGGAGAGGGACAGACGGACGGACAGACAUCCCUUCCUAAAGUGUGUACUCUGAGUGACUUGCCUAAGAUCUUCUCCCUGUGCAGAAACGGCAGAGCCACCAAGAGGCAUCUUCAGGCAUUUUCCAGCUUGGAUCCUGGGAGGAGGAGGCAUUCACAAAAGGGCAGCAACCCCUUUCCCUGGUGCUUGCCUGGGGAUGCUCGAAGGAUCAUGUGGCACUGGCAGCCUCCAUGCAAGUGCCUGGCUGCGGCAUGCAACGUCUGGAGC